AGGGGACACAUUGCAUACUGGUACUACAGGAUGGUUACUAUACCGUUGAUAUUAGUUUGUGUUUUAUUGACAUGUUGCUUUGCGUUUCCUGGUGUGGAGAAGAUGUCCGAUAUGAAUUUAUCUGAAACAGUCAGACACGCCGUAAAGGAGAUUAACAAAAGAGGGGCAUACAAACGAAAAAUGUCUAAACUUGAAGCAGAAAUUGAGGCGUUCUCCUGGACUGAUGCUGAUGGCAACGGAUCCAUCUCCCCUAAAGAAUGGGCUAAUUUCUACAGUACAUUAGAAGAUGAACGUUUACCAAAAUAUAGUUAUAAUUUGUGGUUACGUUCAUUUUAUAAUCAGAUCACAGAGCCUGGUUUUGACAAAAAUAACAACGGUCUAAUGGAACUUGGUGAAUAUCUGCUGAUAUAAUGUGAACAGAAAAUUUGUAUAUGCAGUUAACCACAGAUGUUGAAGCAUCAGACAGAAAGUCGAAAUUAAUUUAUGAAACAAGAUUUUUUCUUUUGAUAAUAAAUUCAUAUAUUUAGUUUU